AUGACAUACGCUAUAUCCAAAAGCCAGAGUCUAAAGAUGCAGAAUCUUUUGAAGCGCCUGAACAAGCCUCAUGUCAAAUCUAUCAAGAGUCCAGAUGGAGAUAUAAUUGAUUGCGUUCUUAUUCACAACCAACCGGCUUUUGAUCAUCCUUUACUCAAGAACCAUACAAUUCAGAUGAGACCGAGUUCUUUCCCAAAGGAGGAUACCAUCUUCCCGAGAGAGUCGAAGGAAGUAUCGUUUGAACAAGUAUGGCACUCGAAGGGAAGUUGUCCAGAAGGUACAAUUCCUAUCAAAAGAGUAACCGAAGAAGACAUACUGAGAGCAAGCUCUAUCCGAAGAUUCGGAAUGAAGGAGCCUGGCACCUUCCCUCCAUCAUCAAGACCUGGAGUAGUAGGCAACAAUGAAGAUCCGGGCGAUGACCAUGAGUAUGCAGUAAGUUAUACGCCAAACGGCGAGUAUUAUGGUGCUAAGGCAACUAUGAACUAUUGGGAACCUUUUGUUCAAGAUGUUAAUGAAUUCAGCUUAUCUCAAUUGUGGGUAGUAGCAGGUCCUGAUUCUAAAGUCAAUUCGAUUGAAGCUGGUUGGCAUGUCUACCCAGAUCAAAAUAAAGAUGACAAGACACGACUAUUUAUUUUUUGGACUAGUGAUGGAUAUGAAUCAACGGGUUGCUACAAUCUGCAAUGCCCAGGCUUUAUCCAAACCAACAAGAAUGUAAGCCUGGGUGCCUUUAUUACUCCUGUAUCCACCUAUGAAGGUAGCCAAUAUACUAUCACUAUACAUGUUUGGAAGGAUCUCAAAGACGGCAACUGGUGGUUGAGUUAUGGAGAUGGCAAGGUGUUGGGAUACUGGCCGGCGUCACUCUUCACCUACUUGGAGGAUAGUGCCUCAACGGUUCACUGGGGAGGAGAGAUUGUGAACUUAAAGGUAGGCGGGAGACACACCCUAACAGAUAUGGGGAGUGGGCAUUUCCCAAUAGAAGGUUUUGGCAAAGCCAGUUAUUUUAGAAACCUUCAAAUCGUUGACAAAACCAACACUCUACGGACUCCUCAAGGAAUCACCACCUUAACAACCCAUGAAUCCUGCUACAACAUCAAACUCUAUGAAGACAGUCCAAAUUGGGGCACUUAUUUUUACUAUGGCGGUCCUGGUCGAAAUCCUAAUUGCCCAUGA